AUGGUCGAGCACGCGCUCGUCGACUGCUCCCAGGCGAGCGCCAUGCAGACCGUCCCGCCACAGCCUCACCGCGACGCUGAUGAAGACCAGCUUGCCGACGAGUAUGUGCAGAAUUUUGAACUUGACCACCUCGAAGAUCAUCAUCUUGUGAAACGCGAGCCGCUUCGGAGCGGAUGGCAUGAACUUAUAGAAACUCCGCCGGCAUGUGCCCGCGCCUGCAGACCGUGGCCGGAUGCGGGCCCUUACCCUCAACCGCACGUCGCCAUCGCCGUGGACCCUAGUACGCCUCCGGAGACUCCACCGGCUACCAUCGGCCGCAGCCCCUGUCGCGCUGCGUUAGUUGACGAUGUGCUUUGGUUACCACAUAUGCGAGAACCGCUGGAUAUGCGCACAGUUCCAUGCGGAAACUUCGAGGAGUGGGAUAGACGCGAGUGGCGGGAGCAAGACCACCACCUUCAGCAGGUCGCGCUGCGGCCGGCGAGCUCCUGUUCUGCACUAUCACCCCGAACCGGCCAACACCAAUCGUAUCAAACAUCCUCAUGCGGUGACGAUUUGAUAAGCGAUGAUCUUCUUAUGACUCUCAGUGUGCGUGAACUGAACAAACGUCUACAUGGAUUCCCUCGUGAAGAUGUGACGCGACUGAAACAGAAGAGACGUACGUUAAAGAAUCGCGGCUACGCGCAAAAUUGCCGAAGCAAACGGUUACAGCAGCGACAAGAGUUGGAGAUGACUAAUAGGUCACUGCAGGAUGAGCUUCAUGUGCUUCAGCUGCAGGUGGCGCGCGUGACACAUGAGCGAGACUUGUUAAAACAGCGACUAGCUCUGGUGGGGCGUGAGCAUGCGGUGCCUCAGCACGCACCACCGACGCCGCACUCAUCACCUGAGUUCUUCUCGGAGCUGUGA